CUUUACCAAAAUUCAUAAACCUAAAAAUCUUUGUAUAACCCUAAUAAGACAGAGAUAGUAAGAAAGAACUAAAAUAUUUUGCUUCGUCUUUGUAUUUUGAAUUAAUUCUCAGCCAUCGCCGCCGUUUACGGCGGUGCAAAAGAUGAAGAACCGUAGGAAACGCGGCGGUUUAAACGGUGGAGACGUCGUUGUUUCGUGGAGAAGAUUCUUCCAGUUCGUUGCUUUGUUCGUCUUCUCCUUCCUUAUCUUCUCUGCUUUGUUCGUCUUCUUAGGUAAUCAAAAAAUUAAUCAAAAGACAGUUUUACGUGGUUCUGAACCGGCGGCGGUUAAGGUGGCCACGAUCCAUGAAGCAGUUGUGUUUCCCGACCAAACCUUGAUUUUCCUAAACUACCCUCCUUCUUCUCGUUUAUUAACAAAAGAGGACCUCUUUUGCGUAUUCUCCGACGUAAAAGAUUCAUCUAAGUCAUAUAAAGAGCUUCCCUUCGCCGUGGAAAUCGACGACAAUGGUCGUCAGAUCGUACGGUGUUCCGCCGUGCCACGUGGUAGUACCGUAUCCCUCGCCGUCUCGAGAUGGUCGGUGGGUGAUAAUAACCUCCUCGUAGAAACCACACACCGGUGGGAUUGGCUUGUCUACGACGCCGUGAUCGACGACGACAAUUCCACGGUGGUUUUUGUCAAGGGCUUAAAUCUACGGCCAGGAAAGGUUGCCGACGUGUCGAGGUAUGAGUGCGUCUACGGUUGGGAUUUAGCAAAGCCUAAACUUUUGCUUAGGACACAAGUUAUCUCUGCGGCCCAAGAGAUCGUGAGAUGUAAAACCCCACUAACAGUUUUAGAAGGUCCAAGAACGGCCCAACCCGUGAAAGUAUCUGUGAGAAUCAAAGGAAGUGGGAUGCUUCCUUCUGUUGCCCACCCGAUCAAACGUCCGGGUCGGGUCAAAGAUUCGAAACCGUUUGAGACGUGCGUUUGCACCAUGACGCGGAACGCAGCAAACGUUUUGAGAGAAUGGGUGAUGUACCACGGCGGAAUCGGCGUUCAACGGUGGUUCAUCUACGACAACAACAGCGACGACGACAUUGUUGCCGAGAUCAAGCAUCUAGAAAACCGCGGUUACAACGUCUCGAGACAUUUUUGGCCGUGGAUCAAAACGCAAGAAGCCGGAUUCGCCAAUUGCGCGAUUCGAGCAAAAAGCGAUUGCGAUUUGGUCGCGUUUAUCGACGUCGACGAGUUCUUCUACAUCCCGUCCGGUCAAACCUUAACCGACGUAAUCAGACACCACAAAACAGCAGGACCAUUGUCGUCGUCCGGCGAGAUCGGUGAAAUUCGAACGCCGUGUCAUAGUUUCGGACCGUCGGGACUUAGAGAUCCACCGCGUGACGGAGUCACGACGGCGUACACGUGUCGUAUGUCGUUGCCGGAGAGGCACAAGAGCAUAAUUAGACCGGAGUCGCUAAACGCGACGCUGAUAAACGUCGUGCACCAUUUUCAUUUGAGAGAAGGAUUCGCGUUUGCCGACGUGGACAAGGGUACGAUGGUGAUUAACCAUUAUAAGUAUCAGGUUUGGGAUGUGUUCAAGGAGAAGUUUAAAAGGAGAGUGGCGACUUACGUGGCGGAUUGGCAAAACGAAGAGAACGUCGGGUCGAAGGAUCGGGCACCCGGUUUAGGAACCCGACCCGUUGAACCGUCUGAUUGGGCGGAGCGGUUUUGUGAGGUGAAUGACACUGGACUUCGGGAUUGGGUGUUGGAAAAUUACAGGGAACGUAAAACGCAGCGUUUAGUGUGGGAGAGAGAAGGGAGGAGAGUGGAAGAUGAAGUUAUAGUUCAAAUGGGCUCGUGGGCUGAUAAAAGGAUUGGUCGGAAGAGGAAAAAACAAUUGAAAGCCCAAUAGGUUUUUUGUUUUAAAUUUUCCAUCGGUGAAAAUAACAAUGUAGAAAUGAUUUGUAAAUAACGAUUUGCUUCCCGUGGAAAAAUAAAAUAAAAAACAAAUUUUAUACAGAUU